CCCCCGGGACCGAGCAGGAGCGGAGGUUCCCCCGGGAGGGCUCAGGACCGAGCAGGAGCGGAGGUUCCCCCGGGAGCAGCGGUUCCCCCGUGCCGUCGGUGCUGCAGGCAGCAUGGCGCAGUGGCAGGAGGUGCAGGGCUUGGCCAACACUUACCUGGAGCAGGUGCACCAGCUGUACGCGGGCUCGGCGCUGCCCAUGGCCGUGCGCCAGUCCCUGGCGGCCUGGAUCGAGAGCCAGAACUGGCGCCAGGCGGCGGAGCCGCUCUGCUCGCACGCCCGCAUGCUGUUCCACUCCUUACUGGUCUUACUGGGAGAGCGCCUGGGCAGCCUGGGCUCGGACUGCGAGGAUUUCAUGCUGAAGCACAACCUCCGCAAGGCUCACCGCGACCUCCAGGCGGAGUUCGACGAGAAGCCGGAGAGAUUCGCCAACCUGGUGGCCAACCUGCUGCAGGAGGAGCGGCGGAUCCUGCGCCUUGGGCAGGAGGGGGCGCAGGAGGGGUCGGUCCCCACGCCCAGCCCAGCCCCGGAGAGCGGGCGGGAGCAGCAGAUCCAGCGGCGCUUGGCUGAGUUCCACACGGCCCUGCAGGACGCCGAACGAUCCUUCAGGCACCUGGAGGAUUUGCAGGAUGCCUUCGACUUCUGCUUCAAGGUGCAUUACCGGCCAGAUGAGGAGAGGAACCGGGACCCCGGGUACCUCCAGGAGCUCCAAUCCCUCCAAGCCAAACUGCAGAACCUGGACCGGCAGCGGCGGGAGGUGCUGGCUCAGAUGCAGCAGCUUUUGGGGCGCAGUGAGACCCUGCAGGAGCUGCUGCAGCAGGAACUGGGGGGCUGGAGGGCGCGGCAGCAGCGCCUGUGCCUGGGGGGCUCUGCUGACACCAACCUGCGCCCGCUGGAGACCUGGUUCACGGAGUUGGGCCAGGGGUUGUUCCAGCUGCGGCAGCUGCUGCGGGCGCUGGGGGACCUGCGACAAAAGGUGACCUACGCCAGGGACCCGCUGGUGGCAGAGACGCCCCUGCUGGAGCAGAGGCUGCAGGAGCAGCUCACGCACCUGCUCAGGAGCGCCUUCGUGGUGGAGCAGCAGCCCAGCACCCCCAACGCCGGCAAGCGGCCCCUGGUGCUCCGAACCGCCGGGAAGUUCUCGAGCCGCGCCCGGCUGCUGGUGCGGCUGCACGACCGCAACCACCGCAUGGAGACGCGGAUCCACAUCGACAGGGACCCUCCCAACAUCAAAGGGUUCCGCCGCUUCAACAUCCUGACAUCGAGCAGCAAAACGCUCCUGGCCGGGGACAGCCCCCAGGAGGGGCUGGUCUGCGACUUCCAGUACCUCACGCUGAAGGAGCAGAAGGACAGCAGGGACUGGCAAGGCGGUGUCACCUCCCCGCAGGGUCCCCUGGUUGUGACAGAGGAGCUGCACCUCAUCACCUUCACGCUGGCCUACGCCUACUGCGGGCUGGAGCUGGAGCUGGAGGCCACCACGCUGCCCUUUGUCAUCAUCUCCAACAACAACCAGUUCUCCAGCGCCUGGGCCUCCAUCCUCUGGUUCAACAUGCUCAGCUCUGACGCCAAGGCCCAGCAGUUCUUCUCGUCCCCUCCUCCAGCGCCAUGGCCCCAGCUGGCCGAGGUGCUGAGCUGGCAGUUCCAGAGCGUGGCCGAGCGGGGCCUGAGCCGGGACAACCUCCUGAUGCUGGCCAAGAAACUGCUGGGCUCGAAGCCGUCACCGGACAGCACCGUGGCCUGGCACAAGUUCUCAAAGGAUGGAGCCUCCGGUUUCUCCUUCUGGGCCUGGCUGGACGGGAUCCUGGGGCUGCUCCAGGAGCACCUCAAGCAGCUCUGGAAGAACGGACUCAUCCUGGGCUUCGUGAGCCGCAAGCAGGAGGAGAAGCUGCUCAGGUCCAAGAGGACGGGGACGUUCCUGCUGCGCUUCAGCGAGAGCGUCCUGGGUGGUGUCACCUUCACGUGGGUGGAGCACCAUGAGACAGGCCCCCCCACUUUCCACGCCGUGGAACCCUACACAGCCUUGGAGCUGGUGUCCCUGGCCCUGCCCGACAUCAUCCGUGACUACCACAUGAGCCUGGAGGAGAAGAAUCCAGAGAACCCCCUCAAGUUCCUGUACCCCAGCACCCCCCGGGACGAGGCUUUCGGGCCCUACUACAGCCAGAGGCUGAAGGGGAACCUGAGCGAGUCCCAGAAAUACCUGAACCGGCGCCUCAUCCGCGUGUCCUCCAGGCCGCCCAACCGGCAUCAGACCGAGGAGGAGCUGCUGGUGGCCACGGAGAACCUGGGGACGCUGCAGCUGCAGCCCCGAGGGCACCUGGGGACACCUGGGGACCUGGGGACACCUCUGGGGGUGGCCACGAGCCCAGGGACACUGCAGGUCACCCCUGGGAACCUGGGGACAUUUCAAGGGGUGGCCACAAGCCCAGGGACACCUCAGGUCACCCCUGGGAACCUGGGGACAUUUCAAGGGGUGGCCACGAGCCCAGGGACACCUCAGGUCACCCCUGGGAACCUGGGGACAUUUCAAGGGGUGGCCGCAAGCCCAGGGACACCGCAGGUCACCCCUGGGAACCUGGGGACACCUCAGACUCUGCAGAUGGUGGCCACAAGCCCAGAGAUGCCACAGGUCACCCCUGGGAACCUGGGGACAUUUCAAGGGGUGGCCGUGAGCCCAGGGACACCUCAGGUCACCCCUGGGAGCUUGGGGACAUUUCAAGGGGUGGCCACAAGCUCCGGGACUCUUCAGGUCACCUCUGGGAACUUGGGGACACCAAAGGUGGUGGCCACAAGCCUGGAGACCCUGCAAGUCACAGGCUUGGGGACGCUACAACCACAACCCCAAAGCCUGGAGCCACCACAGGUGACACCAGGAGCCCCCAACCUCCAGGGGACACUGCAGGUGGCACCAGGAGCCGUGGGGAGCCUGCAGGUGCUGCCGGGGGGGCUGCAGGUGCUGCAGGUGGCCUCAGGGGACUUGGGGACACUGCAGGGGACAGCGGAGCCACCGUGGGUCCCCGAGGAGCAGGGGACACUGCCAGCAGAGCUGAGGGACCUGGAGCUGCUGCCAGGGGGACAGGACAUGCAGGAGCUGCUGCAGGGGCUGGAGCCACCCUCGGGGACCCUGGGGACAUUGGGGACACUGGGAGUGGCCGAGCUGAUGCCGGACGAGGUGGCAACCUUGGAGGAGAGCUUGGAGGAGAGCUUCCAGCUGAGCCCCGGCACCGCGGCUCUCCUGGCCCAGCACGAUCCGUUCCUGCCGCAGCCCGAGGACUCGGCCCUGCCCUCGGUGCCCUCCCUGUUCACCGACCUGCCCCCGCUGCACAUCGACGCCAGCGACUUCCAGUGACCCCUCCGCGGUCCCCUCCCUCCCCGGGACCCCUUCCAGUGACCCCGCCCCAGUCCCCUCCUUUCCGGGGAUCCCUCCUCGGUCCCUUCCCUCGGAGAGACCCCUCCUCAGUCCCUUCCCUUCCGGGGACCCCUCCCCUCCCAGGGGCGCCUCCCCAGUCCCUUCCAUUCCAGGAGCCCCUUCUGGGGACCCCUCCCCAACCCUUUCCCUCCCAGGGAUCCCUCCCCAGCCCCUUCUCUUGUGGGGACCCUUCCCAGUGACCCCUCCCCGAUCCGUUCCAGGGACCCCUCCCCA